AUGUCGGAACCCAUUCCCGAAUCCAUACCUACCUCUGCAGACCCACGCUCCAGGCGACCAACCAAGAAGCGAGCCCUCACCCCGCAGUCAGCGCAAGCCUCACAGGUUGAAGCCCUUUUCGCAAAACCCGACCGCGACAUCCACAUACCCAGCACUGGCGCACUCUCCAAGAACAGUUCUCUCCCUCCAGAGAUUGUCGCAAAUGUCCAAGGAUCCAGCGCAGGUGCGGGAAGCGGCGAAUUCCAUGUCUACAAAGCAAGUCGGCGGCGCGAGUAUGAGAGGCUGAGGCUCAUGGACGAGGAGGUGCAAAAGGAAGAGGACGCCAAGCAGUUUGCAAAGCACAAGGAAGAGCUGGAGAAGAAGGACAAGGAGAAGACUGAGAAGAAUCGGCUAAAGCGAGAGAAGGCGCGACUGAGGAAGGAAAGGGCCAAAAAGGGAGGGAAGCGUGAAGCGGGGAGUGAGACGGAUGGGACGCCUGCGGCCGAGGAAGAGACGACGAAGAAGAAGCUUACGCCCAACUCAAAUGCGCCAAAGACGGGCCAAGACGGAGACGCGCAGCACGACGCGAACGACCAAGGCGGACAGGUCCAGAACGUGGACGAGAUUGGGCUGAUCAUCGAAGACGAUGACUGA